AAGCAAAUAAUCCAAAUGUGAAAAUGUAAGUUUGCUAAUAUUUCAGCACCUGAUAUUAAUCUGUCGAUUAUGAUCUAUAAUCAUGAAGCACUACUUUCCUCGAGUGACUAAUCCCCAACGGCUUUAUAAAGCACUUCUGCAUCCUGUCCUGCAUCAUACACACUGAAACCCUGAAGAGAAAAAGGGCUCAUUAUAAUCCAAUCAGGACUAUUUGCUGGACCUAUAAUCCUCAUGAGAUCAACAGCAGGCAUUCUGGCAAUCUGUUUCGUCUUGAGUGCAAACCUGUGCGUACUCUCGGCUUUCCCGCUUCAUCAAUGCAAAAUGAAAGAGAUGCUGAGGCACUUGGAACAUGAGAUCAAGAAAUUAAAUACAAGCUUAAAAGUGGACCACAUUCAUUACAACCCCGCGAACAUCCAUCAGCCCGUGAUCAACACGUCGAUGCCGAUCGCCAAGCAGAACAAGUCAGCGACGUGCGGACUCGUCUACAUGGAAAAAGCGCUGGAACUGAUCCGGGAUCACCAGAGAAAUCUGAUUAAAGACGAAGACAUGGAAAUUCUCUUUAAAGAAAUUAUUACGAGACUCCACAGAGACAUUAUUCCUUGUGCAAAUCAUAACCUGGCGAAAUGUGACAAUCCUCAUCAUCCAGUAUUUCCCGGUUCACACUUCAAAGCCAAGCAGUGGACCAGGAAUUUUUUGGAAGCAUCCGUGAAAUUCCUUCACCAGAUAAUCCAUUUGCUCGAAAGGCCAAAAAGACACGAAUGAAUAGGUGGUUUUUAAUGUUUAUUUAUAUUUGAAAAAACUAUUUAUUUUUGUGCAUUAUUUAUUAACAUUUACUGUUUUUUUAUUUAAAAAAUCUGCAAAAAAAAAUUAUGUAUUUUAUUACAAUUUUGCCAAAUAUAUUAUUUAUUCAUUAACUUUGUGUGUUGGUAUUUUCUUAUAUUUAUUGGUGCAUUUUUUUUUAAAUAUAAUUUUUUUUUGUAUUAGUAAUUUAAACUGAGAUUCAGCUGUAUGGGUUGUUUUUUUUUUUUUUGCAAAAUUUGCUGAGUCAUAUAUUUGUGUGCAUUUACAAUGUAAUAAAAACAAAUAUUUAAUUUUCUCAGGUUUCUUAUUUUGUCUAAUGCUGUAGGUCAUGGUAUAAAUCCUAAAUAUAUACAAUAUAAUUAAAUGAUGCAAGGAAAAAAAAACCGUUUGAACCGAACGUGGGUUAAACCGUAAGCGGCGGUCAUUAGAGAAGCAGGUGCACAACGUGGGCUAUAAAACUGCUUUGGGAAUCCUAAAAGACGCCGGUAAUUAAUCAACAUGUCGUGUGGAAAAUGAAAUGAUUUGGCUCUUGUUAAUUUCCUAAUUUGAUUGCAGUAUUUGUUGUACAAAUCAUCCUGAUGAUUAAUUGUUUUUAUGUCGAGAGAGGAAAAGGGGGAGAGAGAGAAAGAGUGAAAGAGAGGGCAAGAACACUCGUGAAAUUUCAGCUUCAUCUCUCAGGUGUAUUCAAAACUUCAUGAGGAAAAAACUUGCUGCUGAUUCGUUUUCUAUUACAGCAACUCAGCAAAAUCCAUGUCGGAUUGUUGAGACGUUUUUGGAAGGAGUCUCCGAUUUCAGAGAUUUCAAGUAGUUUUUCCCACCAUGAGAAAGUCUUCAGGAUGGAAGCUUCAGUGAGUGUGAAACUAGAUUUUACAGCAAGUCUUAAAAGAAAAAACUGAAGUAGUCCGUUUCCUGUAUUUGCACGGAUGUGCAUUACCGAUGCUCAGUUUUCUUUUUGCUUUAAAAAUUAAUAAAAAAAACCACUGGAAAGCAUCUGGAAAUUGAUUUAAAAUUGAUCUGAAUUCUAAUAAUUGCCUGUUAAUGUAUUAAUAAGAUUGGUGUGUGAUUUCUGAACAUCUCAUUCAACAUUUACUCUCCAUGUGCUUCCCUUCACUCUUCUGGGAAGAUGUUUUUAUUGAAGAUAUCUGUGAGGUUCGUUCAACCACAAGGGGUGUUAGUGAAGUCAGGUAGUGAUGUGGGUUCAUCUCGGAUCUCAGAGGUGUUCUCCGUGCAUCUAACUCUGUGGUAACCGCUUGAGAAAACCAGAUAUGGCUGGAGAAGUCGGGUGUCCCAAUACUUUUGGUCCAAAGCGUUAACAGGAAAGGAAAGUUAGUAGAAAACCGACAUCCUGUGAUGAAAUCGGAUACGGGGGUGUU